UCUGCACUCGGGUUCAGUAUCAAUUAUCAUCAAAUGCCAAGCCACGAAACCGAGCUACUCAGCUGACAACAAUCUUCAGAGAUUUUGUUGAUUUUGAUGAAACCCUAACCGUGGCUGAAAACUCACCUCUCCUAUCAUAUCUGCUCACAUAGUCGCAUCAAAUCCUAAACAUUCCGACGGUUUGAGCGCCGGCUGUGCUUCGUCUCUCUCACCUUCUCCAGAAAUCUCCGUCAUGGAUGCUCAGCGAGCAUUGCUCGAUGAACUUAUGGGCGCAUCUCGUAAUUUAACUGAAGAAGAAAGGAAGGGUUACAAGGAACUCACAUGGGAUGACAAGGAAGUUUGUCGAUUCUAUAUGGUUCGGUUUUGCCCCCAUGAUUUGUUUGUCAAUACUCGGAGUGAUUUGGGACCAUGUCCAAAAGUUCAUGAUCCAAAGUUGAAGGAAAGUUUUGAGACGUCCCCAAGACAUGAUUCAUAUGUUCCCAAGUUUGAAGGAGAGCUAGCUCAUUUUUGUGAGAAGUUGGUUAUGGACCUAGAUAGAAGAGUUAGGCGUGGUCGAGAACGCCUUGAUCAAGAGGAUGUGCCUCCCCCACCUCCCCCAAUUUCAGCAGAAAAAUCUGAGCAGUUAUCUGUUCUGGAAGAAAAGAUUAAGAACUUACUGGAACAAGUGGAGUCUCUUGGUGAAGCUGGACAGGUGGAUGAAGCUGAAGCACUAAUGAGAAAGGUGGAAUUGCUUAAUGUUGAAAAGACAGCCUUGACUCAGCAAUCACAGCAAAGCAAUGUGUUAAUGAUGGCACAGGAGAAAAAGAUGGCAUUGUGUGAAACAUGUGGCUCCUUUUUAAUUGCAAAUGAUGCUGCUGAGAGGACUCAGUCUCAUGUCACAGGCAAGCAGCAUGUUGGUUAUGGCAUGGUUCGAGAUUUCCUGUCUGAAUACAAGGCUGCAAGAGAGAAGGCAAAGGAAGAGGAAAGAUUGGCAAGGGAGAAAGAAGUGGAAGAAAAAAGGAAGCAAAGGGAGAAAGAAUAUGAAAGCAGGCAUAGAAGUGGUUCAUCUGAUAGGGACAGGUACCGUGAUAGGGAUUAUGGAAGGGAACGUGAUCGCUACCGAGAAAGAGAUCGUGAACAUGAAAGGUCUUAUGAUAGGAAUGGCAGAGGGACUCGUGACAGAGACAGGGGUUCAGAUUGGAAGUACAGUAAUUCCAGAAAUGGAAGGGAUAGGAACCGAGAACGUGACAGAAGCAGGUCACAGUCUCCUGUUUGACCCAGUCACAGGAGCUCAACAAAGAGUCCAGUUCACCAAUGUUAGAGGAUUAUAAAGAUAGACUUCUGAACUUUGCAAAGUGGAGGUAGACAUUUUUAUAACUCAAAAAAUUAUGAUGAAUGUAUGUUUUAGACUCUGAAGUUCUAUCUCUUCUUCAUGUGUGAAACUGUUUUUUGUUCUCACAGCUUUAUUGAGACUAUAUGAUCUCUCUAGCAUCAAUGUAGAGGAGAAGGGGUUGAGGUAGGUAUUGCUUUGUUGUUGUAACUCCUUACUCAUCUAUUCUGUGCUUUGUUUGGAUUACUUGGCAUGAGUGUUAUCUUUGAUCCCUUCUCCUUUGGGGUCACAUAUUAUUCUUAUUAGUUAAACAAACAGAUUUGUAAGUUAGCAUAGGUACUAAAGCUGCUUUAAGGAGAUCAUUCUUGCUCAUUCCAACAUUGAGGUAACAAUUACAAUCCAUUUAUCAACUGCACAAUCACAUCUGACCAUCACCGGUGUGGUUGCUUUCUCUUUUGGUGAUUCAGAUGAACAAGAGCAAUUAAACAAUUACACUGUUAUUUUGAGUAUUUGGCGUGUCAAUGGGCUGAUGAAUGCUUAAGCCUUCAUCUAGUUUCUCUAUGAUCCAGUGGUGGGGUUCGGAUAUAUAGGUAAAUUGACAAACUCCCUAUACCUUCAUUUGAUGGAGAUAGAACUAUGCAGGGACUGUGCAGAUGUGGCAGCCACUGUUCCGAUUGCAAGAAUUAUAAUUGCACUAGAACGAACCUUCAAAAGUAGAUAGCUUAGGAAGGAAAUGGUUGGAAGUUGAGACUCAGGAAACUGAUGCUAUUUGCUGUUGUGAAGUUUAGAUUUCUGUGUAUGUGGUAUAGGUUCUUCCCCCUGCAUUGCAUGAAAGAAACAUAUUGUGUCAACGACAAGCAAGGUAAAUGAACUCCACCCUCAAUUUGCACCACUCAUUUUGUUGUUUAGGGUUCAGAUGGAUGGAUAUGGUGGAGGAUUUUGAUGAACCAUUCAGUUUGCAUCUGCAGAGGAUGGAAAAAGACAUCCAUGAGUCAUGGAUGACUCAUGACGUGUAGGAAUUGUGUUGCAGAGUAAUACUCGCGCUUGAGUUCAUGUAACCAUUUUGAAUUGGAUAUUUGUUUGAAACCCAACUAUAACUCUUCAUUUUUUUUCC